UAAUCAACAGUAUUAUUUAUAGCAGAAACUUAUAACGACAAUGCCAAUUAAAACAUUCCCUGCCUUAGAGUGUUCUUCGUUUACUGAUGUGGUUGCUUAUUUAGGCGGGGUUUUACCCAUCUAUUCCUCUCUAUCGUCGACUGCCAGCUGUCUCCCUACCUCUUUCUCUUUCUAUCCCGCAGUCGAUUCCAUAUACCCCAUCUAGCCUAAUCUAUUUUUCGUCGGUUCUCUGAAACUGUAUAGAAGGUUUAUCUUGUGGAUCAGCCACCCCAUUACAUCGGCGCUGCUACAUUGGCAAGUAGAUGGUCCGCUCACUACAUUCUUACAACUGGAUUUUUGGCUCCUCGUCUUCAUUUCUUCCUAGAUGCCCAUCGAUGCGUUCCGUUCAUUGAGUUCCAAAACGUAUAUUUGGGGGCACGUCUAUUCAUUUCUUCGUAAAGGGCUAGCGUCUCCUACGACGGUUUGGAAUUCUACAGACCGAAUUUCAGGAACCUGCACAUUGUUCCCUCAAACAAACUGUGAAAGAUUUGUUAGAGGAUGUUAGGGGUGGGCAACUAGAAACAUAUAUUAGGGUAUACCCAUACCCGUUCCUUUUUUUUAGGGUUAUGGGUACCCAAAUAACCGUAAUUUUUUUUACAGAAUGAGACUUGGGAUCAAUAAGUUCUACAAUGGGUAACCACAUGUUGCCCUUUAAUACCCGUUGGGUAUUACGGGUACCCAUACUAUCUGCCCAUUAUAAGUUGACUGCUAUGAAAUGUCGAAUCGGCCAGUGAAUUUAACAAAGUAACUACAUCUCAAGCAUCCUCAGUUGUAACUAAUCCAGUGCCUUCAUGAAAAGUUGACAACUAAGAAAAUUAAGUUUUAUACAGCAAAAGGAAAAACUAAAUGGCACAACAAAUAUGUUGUGUAAUAAUGAAAAACAACAUUCAUUAACCAGUACCAUAUAAUUCCAUUAAAGCGAGUGUUUUCCUAGCAAGCAUGAUACCGUUUCCAUAAAAAAGAAGGAUGUCCCCAACUUGAAGAACUGCAAUUAGAAGAUACCAGAGUGACAUAUUUAAAAUUGGUAGAUCUAGACUCUAAACGAGAUAAUUUGCCACUAAUUUGCCUUCUUCCUUCUGUCAACAACGAUUUACCAUCAUGUUUGAAAUUAUAAAGCUUCGAUGCCAACCCCUUAGUAUCCCUCCAAGCUUGAAGCCCCUUUGUUCUCUCUUCAAGUGCGGCCAUUAAAGCCGGUCGAUGCUUAUUUCCCAACUCAUGCAAUCUUGUUUCAUUUACAUUUUGGAAACCCAUGCUGGCUAUUAGUACAAGUUAUGAAUUACCCGUGGGUACCCAUUAUCCAUCCCGUAUGGGUAAUGGGUACAUGUUAAAUCGUAUGGGUUUGAGACACGUGAUGAAAUUUCUCUCCAAAUAGGACUAGGUACCCGUUUCAAACAGGACGAAUACCCCAACCCGUCUCAUUGUCCACCCUAAGAAGUUUGUUGUUGUCUCUGCCGCCUCCGCCUAUUGACACUAGUCAUAGUUGUUCUCAACCACCCACCGUAGUCUUCCCCUGAGAUUAGCGUCUCAUUCAACCUCAUCGGCACCGAUCACUUAAUUUGCAACGAACACCACCCAUAACCAAGUAAGCUCCCUGUGAUUCAUCUUAUUCGUCUCAUUCUUUUAGCAAUAGUUGUUUAGGUUUCUAUGCAUUAAGAAAUUAAUGAUUAGAAAUAUGCCCCUGAUGAGAAUGUUUUCCUGUGAAUUGGGAUUGCAAUUUUCCCACCUAUAUGCCUUUAGGGCUUGUACAAGCUGGCUAGCUUUUAAUCUAAGGAGACUCUUCAUUAUAGGUAGUCCAAACCAUCUACUUGGGUUAUCAAUCGAGAACUGGACGUCCCUCCCUCGGCUAUUGAUUUCAACCCAAUAGUGAAGGUUAUCCCCAUUCUCGAUUUAUGCUGAGUCCUUAGAUUAGAUUUUAUAGGUAAUUUGAUUUUGCUAAUGCCGCAUGGUUUCCUAAUUCCAAAAUGAAAUCGAGAGGGCCAAAUUUGCUGCUAAUUUGAUUGUGGGAUUACAUAUGUAUGCUAACCCUCCUAACUACUUCUUCUCAUUCUGCGUGUUGUGUGUGAAGGGAACUCCUGCUCCAGUUGUUGAUUUAGUUCUUAGUUCAAAGCUAUACCCACCGUCCAUCAUCUUCAAGGCCAUCAUGUGUGUAAUUUGUUGCCUCUUGCCAAUUCCAUUCCUGAUGUUGUGGUGUAUAGACAGUUGUAGUUAUCUCCAUUUUAUUAUUGAGUGCGCCAUAGAGAAAUGGUGUAGAAAAGAACAUUGUUGCAUGUAAAUUGUGAACAAGUUCUUGCAUUUGCUUUCAUUUUUUACGAUUUUAUUCAAGAAAAAUUUCUCCUACAGAUCUUUACAUAUCACUAAGAAGAGAAGAACAUGGAAACUGGAGAGAUAUCACUUUUGAUUGAUCCCGUGUUACAAAAUUGCUCUCUUUUGGUGCUUAAAUGAUAUUCUGUGUCGUAUGGUUUUGAACAUUAUAUCUUUCAGUUUUAUUAUGCGGAACAUAUGCAAUGAGAAGUGAGGAUACCCAACCACCUUCACUGUCAUUGGAUAAUGAACAAAAACAUGCACUACUAUCUUAUCUUUGUGCAUACGUUUCUAUUUUCUCAUAUUGGGAUGUGUUUUUCUCAGUUUUCCAUCUACAUUUUUCUGUUUAAAAUCUUUGUUUGGACUUUGAAGUCCCUGCAAUUUGUGAUGCAAAUUUUCCAUUACUCACUCAUUCUAACCCUUAAAGUUGCAUGUCAGAGUUCUAUCAAAGGGAAGGAGUUCAUUUGGUGAAUGUACUUCUAUAAACAACUACAGGGAUUGGGAAUUAGGGAACAUAAUAGCAAAACAAGAAUACUUCCUCUAACUACCUAUCUCUUAUGUUGGUAAGGUGAUAAACAAGAAUACUUCCUCUUACUAGUAGUCAGAAGACUUUCUAGUAGUGUGGGGUUGCUUUCCUGGUUGUAAUCUUCAAUUGUAAGCCCAAAAUUAUGUUGCUCCAUUUCUUUCAUGGUUUUUCCCCUAGUAUUGGUUGAUGAUGAGUGUACAUAGUCCACAUAAUAGAGUCCUUAUCAAUUGAGAAUUGUUUGUCAUGGGAAGGGUUUCACUUUCUGUGAUGCAUGUUCAUAAUGACCUAUUUUCAUAGACAUUGUAUACUCCAUAACUUGACAAGCAUUUUUCUUUGGUAUGAAGAUUGAUUGUGCAUAUAUACCAUGGAAGCAACUCUCAUGUGGUCCUUAUGGACUUUUGAUAUGGACUAUGUUUUUUUUUUAAUGAUGUUGUUGUCUUUGUAUACUAACUUAGGCCACUGAUGUUUAGAGUUCCUUAUUUUGUAUUCUAACACAGGGUACUCCACGUCUUCACUUCUAGGGCCAACAAAUAUGGACAAUCCAUACGUCAUCCUGCGCGCGUAGAGACCCGCCAAAAUAUCUUAGUACUCUACUUCAAGGCGAUACACCAUAAGCGCACCACUUUCAUACAAACAUUAGAGCCUAUAAUGGGUUCUUCUUCUUUGUUUCACUUGGAGGUAAAGUCAAUCACUCUAAUAAUGAUGGUCGUGGCGUUUUUGUUUAUUCAAUUGGUGAAUAUUUAGUUCCUGGUGAUGGGGAUGGUCCAAAAUUUGCACAGUUGCACAUUCAUGAUUCUAAUAACGAGGUCCAAAAUCAUAUGAACUUUUACUCCACUGACCCUGACAAGAAUCCAUUACAUCAGUCUAUUGUUGAAGGUCUCCAACAUAUGUUUGGUGUUAAUAAUAUCCUAGUACGUUUCAUUCUGCACGAUAUAGGAUACACCACUCUAGUGUUCAUGAACUUCGACUGAAGCUAUUGGCUAAGCGUGAAAUUAAUAAUAGAGAAUAUGAUUUGCCUUUUGCAAGUGAGAUUACAACAUUGAUUGUGGAUGAAACAAGAGAUGACUAAUUUUCUCUAGAUAUUAUUGUUCAACAAAAGGGUUCAAAAAUGGAAAGAAUCAGCCUAUACCAUCCUAGUCUAUUGUCGUUACAGUAUUCAAUUUUAUUCUCAUAUGGUGAGGAUGAGUGGCAUCCUUGUAUUAGCUAUAGUCACAGUAUCUUUAAUAAUGGUGUUGGAGAUAAAAUGAUAGCGCAAAAUGAUUUCUAUACAUAUUGUCUCCAAAUACGGCUUCAGGAGUUGAAUUCUCUAUUAUUAUCUGGAAAAUUGUUUCAACAAUAUGUGGUGAAUGUAUUUGUGUUAAUUGAGGAUGAAUGCUUAGACUGGAUGCAUUCCCCUCAAUCCACGCUAAGAGGCCACUACUACAAGGAUUUGUUAAUUCUUACUUGCGAGGGAUAGUGGUAUCAAGCUUUAUGGGAAGCCAAUCAUUUUAGGUGCAUUACAUACUGGUAGUUCAAGAUACAAGUAUGAAAAUUUUCAAGAUGUGAUGACUAUUUGCCAAGGUUGGGUUAUCCUGAGUUGUUUAUAACAUUCACAUGCAAUUCUAACUAGCCUGAGAUUCAGCUAAUGGUUGAUUUGAUUAGAAUGUACACUGGCAAAUAUCUCUGAGCUGAUGUUACCACAAGAAUUUUCAAAAUCAAGCUUAAUGAGUUUAUGUUUGAGAUUCGCGAGAAAAACAUUUUUAGGACAAUCAAUGCAUUUAUGUGUGCUUAUUCAUUUUAUGUUUAGCUAUUAAUGUUGAUUUAUUACUCUAUUUACUCAUCAAACUAAUAGUUGGUUUACACUAUUUUGAUCUUUCCGUAUAGUUGUCAAAGCAAUUGUAUGGCAAGAGAGGGGUCUCUCUCAUGCACACAUAUUGCUCUUUUUGUCCAUGGAGGAUAAAUUUCAUGGUCCCACGCAAUUGAUUUCAUAAUUUGUGCUAAAAUUAUGAAUCCUGAUGUAGAUCCUGAACUAUAUGCAGUAGUCACAAGUUUAAUGAUGCAUGGGCCGUGUGGGCUAAUAUGUCCCCAAAACGAGUUCAUGAGGAAUGGGAUUUGUACUAAACAUUAACCCCAAGGAAUACUGUAGUCAAACAAUUAUAGAUGAAACCGGGUUUGCCAGAGUUUUCAAAUGUGGUGGGGUUGAUCUUGAUAAUCGAUUGGUUGUACCAUACAAUAGAUAUUUGUUACUACUAUUUGGAGCGCAUAUCAACAAUGAGUUCUAUAACAAGACAAAAUAAGUCUGAAGUAAAUUAUAUAUGGUAGCCGCAACACCUCUGUCUCUUUGCUGCAAUUUGAUCUGGAAUUUUCCUUUGUAUACCCUUGGAUCAGGCCUUUUGAUCCGUGUGUUGCCUUUUGUACUGUGUAUUUGGUCUCUUUUGCUUUCUUUCUUGAUUUAAAACAAGUCAACUAAUGAAAAAUAUUAAUACAACAUUUUCGCAAUCCCCAUCUAACAUCUAGAACUUAGUUUUUAGGUUUGAUAUAUACACUCAUUCUCCCAUAGUACUUCGUAUGUCAUUUCAAUUUUCUGGGAGAAUACUGUGUAUUCAAAUGUCGAUUCUAACGCGGAAGAAGCAUUUGAAUCUAGCAGUGCAGACCUCAAUGUUGUUAGCUUGGAUGGAUCUCAAUAUUCGAUCAUUAGAUGCACGAAAAUAUACCUUUGUGGAUAUACCACAAUAUUAUGUCUGCAAUAAGAAGUACAAGAAGUGGCAGAGGCGGUGUGCAAUUCAGAAUGCAGAUACUAAUACUCCACCACCACAAGGAGGUUUGGUUGAUGCGGACGGCUUUACACUGGUGGUAAAUAAGAAAAACAAGGUCUGGAUUGGUUCAGGGUCUGCUUCUCAAGGGCCAAGAAAUCUAUCAAGUAAGUUGGCUGCGGGUCAGGUUAAUGGGAAGACUGUGAGACUUGCGGUUCAGGCUCCUCCUGCCUCCCCUCCAAAAGGGAGAGGUAGAGGAAAGAAGCGCAAAUGAGAAUUCUAAGCUGGAAUAUCAGGGGUUUCAAUGCCCCUGAUAAACACUCAGCAGUGCUUGAGCAGCUGAGGAUAAAGCAUAUAGAUAUUAUAGGACUGUUAGAAACUAGAGUAAAGGAGGUAAAUAAACAUACUAUUGUGGA